AUGGCUGGCUCGGUGGCAUACGGACAAGCGUGUGAUCCGAUGUCAAUCUUUGCUCCGGAGGUUCGGACGCAGAUGGGGAGUGCGCCGGAGGAUAUCGCGGCGGCAGAUUUUGAUGAGGAUGGAGAUCUGGAUCUGGUGAUUGCUGGGGUCACGCUCGGGACUCGAUUCUUCCAGGUGAUGCUCAACAACGGGGACGGGAGCUUCGCGGCUCCGGUUGAGUUUCCGCUCAUGAGCAAUCCGUUCUGUGUGGUGGUCGCAGAUAUGAACAACGACUCGCAUAUGGAUGUCAUCGUUGGGCACGGAUCGAUCCCUGAUGUGUCGAUCGCGCUGGGGGACGGCAUGGGGGGGUUUGCGCCGGCGGUGCAGCACAGCGCUGGAGGGUUCGCGACGAUCAGUGAUCUGGUGGUCGGCGACUGGGACGGUGAUGGGUUCAACGAUGUCGCGGUGGUGGUCAACGGUAAUCACAUCCGCACGCUGCAGGGGGACGGCGCUGGAGGGCUUGGGCCUCAGACAUCCAAGCUGACCUUUGGGGUGACGAUCGCGCUGGCGGUUGCGGACCUCAACGCGGACGGCGAUCCGGAUCUUGUGCUUGGUGAUCAGAACGGUGAGGUCAAAGUGCUGUACGGGAUCGCGGGCGAUGACUUCGCGGUCCAGACUGGUGUGGAUGUUGAUGUGCUUGUGCAGCAUCUUGAUCUUGCGGAUAUGGAUAACGAUGGGGAUCUCGAUGUGGUGGUGUCAGGGUUGCUGCCAUCUGAGAUAGUGGUGGUCGAGAACACGGGCGGAGGCGUGAUGACGCUUGGUCCGCGUCAGAGCAUCGCGAUUGUUCCGCAGGGAGUCGCGACGGCAGAUUUUGAUUCGGACGGGAACAACGAUGUGAUCGUGGCGUUGUCGAAUACCAAUGCGCUGGCGCUGAUGCGAGGGAAUGGUGAUCUGACGCUCAAUGCACAGGUCAACUACGGCGCUGGAUUCGACAACCUGAGGGUCGUCGCGGGUGAUCUGGACGGCAACGGGUCGGCGGAUGUUGCGUGCGCGUCGGGCAAUGGGUUGUCGGUAUCGGUGCUGCUCAAUGCGUGCUCGGCGGGAUGUCCGGCGGAUCUGACUGGGGAGGGUGAUCUGAACUUCCUCGAUGUCAGCGCGUUCCUGGCGGCGUACGGGAGUAUGGAUCCGAUCGCGGACUUUGAACCUGAUGGGGUGUUCAACUUCCUUGAUGUGAGCGCGUACCUCGCGGCUUUCGCGGUGUGGGCUGAGUCGCCCGGACGCCUGGGAAGGGUGAUCCAUGAGGAUGCGAGCUACUUUCCAGCGCCGACGCUGCAGGGGCAGUAUGGGUUCAGCGUCGAUGUUGAUGCUGGAGUCAUGGUUGUGGGCGCCCCAUUUGAUAAUGAACGAGGGUUGCUGGCAGGAGCGGCGUAUCUUGUAGACCUUGAGACGGGGAGUCAGAUUCGUCUGCUCCCUGUUGAGGUCAACGCGGGUGAUCAGUUUGGGUUCCGUGUUGCGAUCAGCGGAGAUUACGCGGUUGUGGGUGCGCCGUUCGACAGUGAUCAGGGAUUGAGCACAGGAGCGGUGUACAUCUUUGAUUCGUCGAGUGGUGCUCUGUUGCACACGAUUUCAGGAUCUGCAAACUCGGAGUUUGGCGAGGAUGUGGAUAUCGAUGGAACGCUUCUGAUCGUCGGCGCACGCGUCCAUAGCAACGGGGGAGAGGCGUACUUGUUUGAUGUUGUGAGUGGGAACUUGCUGCAUGUGCUUCCGAAUCAAUCCGCGUUUGGAUUCGACGAGUUCGGGGAUGGGGUCGCUGUGAAUCAAGCGAUGGGGAUCGCGUGUGUGGGCGCUCCGGAUGAGUUCAACUCGACGGUUGGUCAGCGGAUCGGUGCUGUGCAUCUGUUUGAUGUUGGGACAGGGGGGUAUCUACGGACGCUGAUCCCGAGCGGGAUCAAUGAGUUUGUUGAUCUGGGCGCCAGUUUGGAUGUGCGUGAUGGAUUGGUGCUUGUGGGAGCGCCCGCGGCACCCAACUCGCCGAGCGGUGCGGGCGCGGCUUAUGUAUUUGAUGCAAUGAGCGGCGCUGAGCUCUUGACGUUGACUAUUGAUGAUGCUCCAUCGCCUACACAGCGCAACGCGCUGGGAUAUAGCGUGAAGCUGGGGGAUGGUUUGGCACUGCUCGGCGCGCCGGAGUGGGAUUUCCAAGGCACGGGAGAGGGAUUCGACAACGGCGCGGGGUUCUUGUUUGAACUCAGCACUGGUCAGCUCGUCCACACUUUCUAUCCAUCGGGAGCGACUCUGGGAGAUCGCACAGGGUCAGGGGUCGGGAUCGAUGGCUCAACGGUGGUGCUUGGUUCACCUUUGGAUGACUAUCCGGGCGGAUUCAAUGCUGGGUCAGUGGGUGUGUACACGCUGCCUUGUGCGGCUGAUCUGACGAUGGACGGAGCGCUGAACUUUUUGGAUGUCAGCGCGUUCCUCACGGCGUUCUCUACACAAGAUCCGGCUGCGGAUUUCAAUAACGAUGGGAUGUUCAACUUCCUUGAUGUGAGUGAUGUGUUGCUGAUCCCUGAUUCGUCGGCGGACUCGGUGUGGGUGUUUGAUGCGUUUGAUGGUUCGCUCAUCGAUAACGCAUUCAUCACUGAUCCCGGAAGCGACAACGGCGUGGAUGUAUUUGAUCGUCCAUUGGAGGUGUUGGUUGCAUCGGACGGGACGCUGCUGAUCACGGAUCAGUUUGCCAAUGUCGUGUCUCGCUUUGCCAUCGAUGGGACCUUCAUCGAGAUCAUGUCGCUCGGCGGGGUGGAAGACACAAACAUCAUGAACAACAUCCGCGGCGGUCAUGUGCUCACGAGUGGUCCCGACGCGGGAGAUGUGCUUGUGACCAACUCCGGUGCGUUCAAUGAUCUGGUGGUCUCGCAGAAGAAUGUGAAGCGGUUGAAUCCUAGUGAUGGUUCGGAGCUGACAGACUUCGCGUUCAAUCGCUACGGCGGGAUCCGCGGGCCGUUUGAUGCGUUGGAGUACAACGGCGAGGUCCUUGUCGCGGAUGAGGGUCAGGACAAGAUCGUGCGCUACACGCUUGAGGGAAAGUUCAACGAGCGGUUUACGAGUGCACUUGCCGUGCCUCAGCUUGAUUUCCCUCAGCAGAUGGCGAUCGCGAGCAACGGGAAUUUGCUUGUUUGUGCGUUCAGCAGCGGAUUCAUUCUGGAGUUUGAUUCCAGCGGAUCGCUCGUGGGUCAGUACGAUCCCGGCACGCUUGAGUUGUAUCGAGGGAUUGCAGAACUCGGGAACGGGAACCUGCUUGUCACCACAACAAGCGGCGUGUUUGAGGUCACUCGGACGGGUUUGGUCGUCGAGACUGAAGCGGCGGGCGAUGGAUUCCGCUACAUCACGAAGGUCGGAUCGGUGCUCGCGAUGAAGCUUGCACAGAUUGGUUUGAUCGGAUUGACUGCUGGACUGGUUUCGGGAUCGGCUCAUGCUGGGACGGCGACGCACGCGUACAUCAUCGAGGGUUCCGGAUUCUUCGGUGCGCCGGGGAUCGAGCUGGCGCAGGUGGGUCGCGUGAAUCUUUCGGAUCCGAGCGAUGUCGUGCGGACUCCGAUGGCUGGGGAUCUGCUCCGCUUUGGCGGAGGGGAUAUGAACGCUUCGGGUGAGGUCAUCGGGUUUGAGAACACGACCAACGCGCUGCGCACUGUUGAUGUCAAGAGCGGCGGGAACACGCUGAUCGACUCGAUCGGGUUUAUCGACUCGGGAGUCGCCGGGAUGACACUGACCAACGAUGGAUCGACAGCGAUCGUGGUCGGGACGGUGGGCGCGUUCUCGCGCUUCGUGCUCGCUGACGCGGAGACUGGUGCCGUGCAGAGCGUGCACAACAUUCUCAACUUCGAUGCGAUCGGUUCGAUCGCUGUGGUUCCUGAGGGGCACCCUUCGUUGAUGCCUGGUGAUUUGUACGGCUUAGCGCUGACCUCUGGCGGGAGCGUGCGCUUGGUGCGGAUUGAUCUUGGCGCCAACACGAUCACCACGGUGCAUACCUUGUUCGGCGUUGGGUUCAGUGCGCAGUUUGAGACUGGAUUGGACUUUGCGAGUGACGGCACGCUCUAUGGAAUGAUUCAGGGCUUUGACGAGAUCGCGCCGGAUCAGUUCGUGGAGAUCUCCAGUCACUUGUACACGAUCGAUACCACGACCGGAGCGCUCAACCUCCUCGGCGUGGUCGAAGCGGACGGCACAUGGGACGCGGUCACGCUCGUGAUUGACGAAGCGCCGGAUACAUCGUGUCCCGCGGAUCUGACUGGGGAGGGUGACCUGAACUUCCUCGAUGUUUCCGCGUUCCUCGCGGCGUACGGGAAAAUGGAUCCCAUCGCGGACUUUGAAGCGGAUAGUUUCUGUGUCGGACAACUCCGCGUGCAGCGUGUCGGAUUUGAGGGUGACCUGCUGGUCCCGAUGGGGAUCGCGGCGCAGGACGAUCCGACGUGUGGGUUCUUUCUGCCUCCGAGCAUGACUGUUGUUGGGGAUGAGCUUGUGGUGAGUAGGGCGCUGGCGUCGGUGAUGGAUUCUCCGGUGCUGCGCUUUGAUGAAAUCGGCGCGCCUGUGUGGGGUGAUGGGUACUCGGGGGAAUCGGGGGUUGUGCAGGGUUUGGGCCAGCUGGUGACAUUGUCAAAUGGAGACGUGCUUGUUGUUACGAGCAGCGGCGGGUCGAUCCUGGCGCAGCGCGUGGGCGCUGAUGGGAAGUCGGUCUGGGAUGAGCAGGCGGUGGUGGUCGAUGGGAUCACCUCGAACCAUCGGGUGUUCUCAGUCGUCGCGGAUCAGAGCGGCGGCGCGAUCGUGUUCUGGGAUAUUCAUCUCGCGUAUACCAAACUCAUCUUUGCGGUGCGGAUCAACGCGCAGGGUGAGCGGGUCUGGGACGAGACGCUGCGGAUCGUUGAAGCGCCUCCUGGAGUCGCGAGCUCGCGGCACAGCGAUCCGGUUGCGGUCAGUGACGGCGCCGACGGCGCGGUGGUGGUCUUUGCGAAGGGGUUCGAGACCGGGACGACUCCCGCCCCGCUGCUGAUGCAGCGGGUGAACAGCGACGGGACGCUGGCGUUUGAUAUCGGGGGCGUGCGCGUUUCGGACAGUCUGGAUCGUCAGUUUUUCCCAGAGGUUGUGGUGGAUCCAGCGACGCGGGAUGUGUUUGUGGUGUGGUACGAGGGGCUGAUCAAUGCGAGCGUUCGCGCUCAGCGGAUGGAUCUGCUCGGACAACAACUGUGGGGGAGCGAGGGAGUCGAGGUGCGGGCGCUCUCGCAGGACCUCGCACGCUUUGAUGCGGAUGUUGUUGAUGACGAGCUCUGGGUCGUGAGCGCGGAUCUCGAUGAGAUCGCGGUGCACGCGUUUGGUGCUGAUGGAACUGCGAUGAGCGGCUCGGGAUGGGGUGUCACGGAUGAAGGAUCGCAGGGACGCGUGCAGUGCGUUGCGAGCGGCGACGGGGCCGUGGUCGGAUGGAUCGGCACCAACGAAAACGGCGUUGGAUCAGUCUUUGUGCAGCGCGUGAAUGAUGGUGGACGCGUUGGGCAUCCGGCGUGCAGUGGGGUGGAUCUUGCUGAGCCGUUUGGUUCGUUGAACUUCUUGGAUGUGAGCGCGUUCUUGAGUGCGUUUGCGGCUCAGGAUCUGUCGGUUGACUUUGAAUCCGAUGGCUCGCUGAACUUCUUGGAUGUCUCCGCGUUCUUGUCGGUCUUCAGUGGCGGAUGUCCGUGA